AUGCAUACCUCCACAAUCCUCCAAGCUGUAGCCACAGCCUCGAUGGCUACCUCCGCGGUGGCACACAUGAUUAUGGCCAAUCCUGUACCAUUUUCAGCAGACUUAAUUCAGAACGGUCCCAUUGACCGAGCUCAGUUUCCCUGUCAGGCUCAGCUAGGUUUCAACAUUACGAAGGAGAACGUGAUGAAAGUCGGCGAGAAACAGACCUUAUCCUUCAAGGGAACUGCCGUACACGGCGGAGGGUCUUGCCAGCUCGUUGUAACGACCGAUCGCCCACCUACUGCGAACUCCAAGUUCAAGGUCAUCAAGUCAAUCGAAGGCGGCUGCCCGGGUGUCGACGGCGGUCCAUCUACCUUCGACUUCACCCUCCCUGCCGCAGUACCAGAUGGCGAGCUCUCCUUUGCCUGGACAUGGUUUGCCAAACUCUCUGGCAAGCCUGAAAUGUACAUGAACUGUGCGCCCAUCACAGUAUCAGGCGGUGCAAAAGAUGCCUCUGGUCUUGACUCUCUCCCUGAUAUGUUCGUCGCCAAUCUCGAUGAUGCGGGCUGUCGAACCGAAGGGAACAAAGACACAGCGUUUCCGAACCCAGGAAAAGAAGUCCAAAGAGCGUCAGCUUUCAAUGAGGGAAAGCUCGAAGGGCCAUGCAAAGCCAACAGCGGACCACCAGCAGCAGCCCCUCCUGCUCAAGCAACGCCCACAUCUGCUGCCGGCGGCAACGCCAACAACGGACAAUACACCGCAGAAGCACCCGUCGCAUCCGCACCCCCUUCGAACGACGGAGGCGCCGUCUUCGCACCAAGCGCCGCGCCCUCUGCCGAAGCCCCUGUUCCAGCAGAUCCCAUCUCGACACCGACAACGCUCGUCACAGUCACCAACGCCGCCCCUGCCCCUACCGCCCCUGUCCAAGCAACUCCUCCCGCCAUACCUACACCUGCUCCCACCCCUGGCAGCGCGUCUCCACCUGCCAACGGUACAGCAUGCACCACUGAUGGCGCCCUCGUCUGUAACGGAUCGGAGCAAUGGGGACUCUGCAACCACGGCGCGGUGCAAUGGCAGCCCGUCGCUGCGGGUACAACGUGUGCAAACGGCGCGAUCCAGGCGAAGAAGAUGCGCAGAGCAGGUGUGAGCGCUGGUCGUGCGCAUCAGCGGAGGUUUCAUGCUAUCAGCCAUAGUCACUGA